UUUUUUUAAUAAAACUCGAAGUAGUUUAACAAUAUUCCCCUCUCUUUUUCUCUCUUUGCAGAUCACCAAACUGUUGCCAUUGAUCGAAUCACAUUGUUCCAAUACAAUACGUUUCCUGUUAUGUUCAUCACUCUUCCCGCUGUGUACACCAGAUGUACCCCGGCCGGUGACAGCCUGCAAGUCAUUGUGUGAAUUUGUAAAGAGCGAAUGUUCAUCACAUACUGAGCUAAUGCAGUUAUGGCCGGAAUUUUUAAAAUGCGAACAAUUACCCAGCCCAGAACAUCAAGAAUUGUGUAUGCAAAUACCCACAAUACCGACGGUGAAAACGGCGACCGCCCUCACCACCAAUGACGACAAUCGGACAUCAGCCGAGGUGGGCAAAGCUGAACAAUUGCCAAGACAAUUACAAAUACCACAACAGGUGCAACAACAUCAUUUGCUGCAAACACAUUCGGGAGGUCCGAGUAUAGCUAUGGCACCACCAGCACCAGCACCCAAUCAUCAUUUCUAUUGGCCAUGGAUGUCUCAGCACAUCAUCAGCAAAGCCAUUAAGCCCACCGCCAUUUGUCCAACAAAUUUUACCGUCAACCUCUUCAAUCCCGAUGAGUGUGUACCCCAGUGCAAUCGGGAUGGUUUCCAUACUACACAACAAAAGAAAAUUGCUGAAAGUCUAAUAUUGGGUCUAUCGGCAAUAUGUUUUGUCCUAACACUCUUCUCCUUGGUUACAUUUUGGGCUGAGCCCACCCGAUUUGGUUAUCCCGAAAGACCAGUACUGUUUUUGUGUCUGUGCUAUAACCUGUUCUCCGUUUGCUAUUUGGAGAGAAUUGUAUUCCACAAUUCCUCAAGGGCCAUGGCCUUAAUGGAAGAUCCGCUGAGUAAGACACAACAUCCGGCAUGCUCUUUGGCACCACCCUGUUUGGCUUCCUACAUUACGACGAGUUAUUUAAGUUUGUGUGCUGCCACCUGGUGGUUAAUAUUUGCUCUAUGUUUUUAUCUCUCAUCACACAAGAAAUGGUCUUCGGAGGCCUUGGAAAAGAAAUCGGGAUUAUUCCACGUUCUGGCUUGGGUACCACCAUUGGCACCUCCCAUUGCGGCAUUGCUAAUGGAAAAGGUUAAACCCAAUGAAUUGACUGGCAUGUGUACGGCUCCAGGUUUUGUGGAAAUACCAACCAUGGUCCUGUUGCUAUUGGGUUUCUUUUUUACUCUGCGAGCUUCCAGAUCUCUACAUGCUCUGCAACAACAAAUGUUGCCCACAUUUGGCCAUCAAAGAUUUUCACAAAUCCGUAAACGUUUUCUGAUAUUCUCGUUGCUGUUCUUUGUACCCACAUUGGCUGGGGUGGUGUCGAGAUUUUUUGAACCUCACAUGGAUUCGGUGCCCACAUGUUCGACACGAGAAGAUUGUGCCUCACCCACACCAUUGAUUGCAUGGCCGACACUGCUGCGAUUGUUCUUCCAACUAACUGGAGGCACCCUGACUGGUAUGUGGGUAUGGUCUCGUAAAACGUGUGAAUCCUAUCGUAGUCGUUUGGUACCCACGCCCACAUCAUCGAUGACCAAUACCACCACCAAAUCGGCAGCUUCGUUGCCCAAAAAACAUUUGCACACCUCAGGUAAAUCUACAAUUGGUGCUCCUCUCUACAGUGGCAUCAAUUUCCACAAUGUACCCGUCUACACCACCACCACGAUUGUGCCAAGAGUGUAGCCUCAAGAGGUUAAUGA